AUGGCUCGCUGCCGUCGAAAUUUCGGCCCGUCAUCCGACGACAGCGACUCCUCUAAACGAGAGAGCACUGAAGACAGUCAAUAUGGCACGGACCUGACGGAGCCUGAAGAUAAGGGCUCCCAAGACAAGGACGUCAGUGAUGCGGCACUUCUUUUUGCGGAUAACAAGCAUCCACCAGAGUACUAUAUCCAGCAGCUUGCGAACUUCGAUGAGACCGACUACACCAAGGAGGACUAUGGAAAGAAUUCUGCGCCUUUCUUUGAAAAGACCCCCGAGAGGAAUUCGCACGCCUGUCGAUUUCGAUCAUGUAUACCUUCCUGGAUUGGGUCCUCAAUCUACGGCGUGGAAAAGAUGGAAGGCGGCUCCCAGGUACAAAGUGUGAUUCGACGGCUGGCCAAGAAACACAAACUGUCCACGAAGGGGCGCGACAAGCCUCCGAUGGAUGUCGAGGACUUAACCAAGAUUGUAGAGACCACGCUUGCCGGCCUAACAACCAACCGUCCUCAGGCCAUUCUGAACCUACGGUAUCGCCAUAUUCAAGUCAGCUUGCUACGUGACCCUCAAGGCGGGCCUUAUCGCAUUAUUAUCGAGUUUACUUUUGAGUUUACUAAAGAAUGGCUCGGUGCAAAGGAUGCCAACACAUACAUUCUCCCUGAGAUCAUCUUCGAUCCUUGUCUAAUACUGUCCCGGCACUGCGAGGAAGUACUUGUUUCUGCAAGCCAGAUCCCACAGCUUCGGAUUCGCGAUGGAUGCAUCGAGCUCUCCCUGCGAAUUAAUCCGGCACUGGAUGACGCAAAGUACGACCGCGAGCAACCGAUGCUGGAAAUCAGACGUCAGCUGUCUGGAUUCAACCUGGCCAAGGAGGAAAAACCUCUCAAUCUCCUCACCCUACCUCGCCCGACACUCGAAGAGGAAGUAGCUAGACGGACGGAAGCAAUUGAUGCCGUAGCUGCUUAUGCUCUUUUCGAGGAAGGUGAUACCUGCCGUCUUCCGCGCGAUAAGCGUUCUUCUACAGAGCCCGCCGCCACCGGACCAGAUCACGGUGUCAAAGGAGAGACGCAAUUGACCCGGCCUUCUUCCCCGACGAAUGACGGACUGGUAUCCGCGAUUCAAUCUGUAAUAAAGGACAAGCCCUCUAAGAAGGGUAUCGGGAGGCCUCUCUUCUGUUUCAUCUGUCUUGGGCAGCAGGAUUUGGAUAUUGGAAAGCGAACGUACAAAUUCUCCAGCCAUGGAGAUGUUACCAAGCAUAUUAAGCGAAAGCAUCUUCGCCAUAUCUCCACGCAAUCCGAAAUAAGGUGUAAUGUCUGCGACGAGCUCUUCUCGUGCAAGAUGCACCUCCAACGGCACGCAUUUGAUAUGCAUGCGACCGUGACAUAG